AUGGAAUUGAAAAUGGAAAAAAUAAUUGAGGAAGUUAAAGAUAAAGACAAGAAUAUAAUGUCCAUGGCGACCGAUUUGUCCCAAAGAGUUGGAAAUAUGGAAAAUGACGCACUUCAGUUCCGUCGUGGUAUCAACCGCACAAUGGUCGAGUUUGCUGAUAGCUUUAGCGAGGAAAAGAACAAGUCUCUUAUACCAAUUGUUGGAUUCAACGUCCAUCUAUCUUCUACAAAAACAGUAAACAGAGGGGACAAGGUUGUCUUCGAUACCGUCAUAACGAACCAAGGUGAAGGUUACGACAGUUUUACCGGAAUAUUCACUGCACCGCACACUGGACUUUAUUUCUUCUCAGCCCAUGAUUGUUACGAGGGAAAUAAGGCUGCUUAUUACGCAAUAUAUCAAGAAAGUAAACAGUUAACAGGAAGUACGCAGCGAGAUUUUAACAAUGAAUAUAGUUGUAGUUCAGUGAGCACUAUAGCCAUGGUUAACAAAGCGGAGCGAGUGUGGGUACAAUGCACAUCCACCUCAGUGUUUUAUAAUGAUAGUAGCAGAUGGAAUGCAUUUUCUGGGUCUCUUUUAAACAAAUAA